AGAAUUGAGUUGGUGGUUGUUUUCGAUGGAAGGAAGCGAGAGUUUCGGAAGAAUUCUCGGAAAAGUGGAUGUCAACCUGGCAAUUCUGUCCCGUUCGCGGGGGGCUCUCCUUUUCCGUGCAAGCACGCGUCCACCUUGAUCUCGCGUUCUGCGCUGUGGAUUGCAGGAGACGUGUAAGGCAGGCGCCUCUGUUUCCCCGCGGGAGGCACAGGCGAUGCAGGAAGCGUCUCCUUUCACGACACCUUGGCAAUUCACGAAGGAAAUUCCCGUCUGCCUUGUCUGACUCAGGUGGCAAAACUCUUCCUGCGUUCUUGCUGCCUCUGAGUCGAGGGUUUAGGGACUUUUAGGGUUUAAGCCUUCAACUGCCGAGGGCCCCCCCGCGAGUCAAAGACACACGCCGCGUGUCUCUCCUGUGGCGACUCUCCGCGAGAGAGGAAAGAAAACUUCACAAGAAUCAUAGGCUGAAGCGAACCUCCGAUUAACAAGUGUGUGCGCUCCGUGGGGAGAGAGAACGCGUUCGAGAAAGACCUACAGAGGGCAGACCAAGAGAGUCAAGAUGGCAACGCACGCUCAGUCAGGUGCUUCCUGCUCUCUGAGCACUUCUCCGAGAUCUGGACGCGAAGGAGGACAGAGAAAGACGGAAGCCUACCUUCUGUCCCUCCGCAAAAUCCCCAGUUCCAGACGGCGAGGUCUUCCGACCGGUCCUCAAUCAAAGGCCUCUCUUCUGCGAGUGUCCACGUUCUUCCUUGUUUGCGCGCUUCACUGCGUGUCUUCUCUCCCCGGCGCUCUGUCCUCCGCCUCGAACUCUCCCGUCUCUUCUGACAACGAGGUGCCCGACCCUCAGCGAAACCGUGACAGCUCAAAACCUUCCAGUUCCGAUGCUACGCCAGAUAAGACGCAUGACAAGCAGCGGCCGAGAAACAGGUAUGAAGAUGUCGAGGACUGCUGCAAGGGACAGAAGAAGCGCGCUGCCGACGACGCUUCUGCUGCGAGAGAGGCGGACGGAAAAGAGGAGUCUUGCUGCGACAAGAAAGGCGCUGCCGGAGGGUCGGGCGGAGAGGGACCUUCCAGUGAAGGAAAACAGUCCUGCUGUAAAAAGAAGAAAGCAGUGGCUGCGGAAGGAACCGCCCACGUCGCUGCGGAGGGACAUAAGUCCUCUUGCUGUGGGGUCAUGCCCAUGUCUUUUCAAAACUCGCUGCACACCGUGAUUCUCUUCCACUCAUGGGAGACACUCGAGCGGUGGCAGUACGUGCUGUCGCUGCUGACGUGCGUGGUUCUGGGGAUGCUCUCCGUGGUUCUGAAAGUCCUUCGCCUGCGACUCGAGUUCUUCCUCGCCAAGCGCGACCGCGCCGCGGAGGACGCCCAACGAGUCGAGAAAUUGAAGGAAAAGGAAGGACAGAGUUCGGCGGCUUCUCCGUCUUCAGCAAUUGUCGAACGCCUUUGCGGGAAUUUCCCUCUGAAGCAAAACUCCUGGCGGAUGCUGGAGGCGUUCGUCAUCUACGGGUACGACUACCUUCUCAUGCUGAUCGUGAUGACCUACAACGUAGGGCUCUUCUUCGCUGUCACGGGAGGCCUCGCUCUGGGCUUCUUCUGCUUCGGGCACCUCCUCAGAAUCCAGGCAGAAAAAGAAGAGAACUCGCUGGAAGAAGACUACCGCGGGGACCCCUGCUGCUGCGGAACAUAAGAACUGGAGACAAAAAGAGAAGACGAAAGGUGUUGGAGACCGAGAAUGAAGGAAGAGGAGACAGAGAAAGAAGGAAAGGGAGACAGAGAAAGAAGAAACUGAAGAGUGGAACUAGGAGAGACCACAGGAAGGCGUGGAGCUGGAAAUUAUUCCUUUGAAACUGGUAGCAGAGCAGGGAGGUCCCUUGAACUUUUGGAUUUAAAACAUCCUUUUUUUAAAAGCCUCCCUGAGGGAAGAAGCUGGAACGCAGGGUCAAGAGACUAAGGUUGCCGCGUGGAAUCGGUUGAUCCGCCGUUUUUGUGUAGAACUGCAUUCUUUACCGACGCGUUUCAGCGCGUUUUUUGCCGUCGGGGAAGAGUCGAGAAGGGCGCACACAUGCGUGUACAAGAUGCACACAGACUGUGGCCCUCGUCUGUUCUCCAACAGACCGCGUUUCAGAACGAACAUGUAGAAUACGCACAGAGACGCGUUCAAGCCUCUGCGCCGGUG